UAAGCAAAUUCUCCCCAAAAUCUCCCAUUUCACUGCGCUUCAAUUCCCAUCAGAAAUCUUUUUUUUUUUUUUUUUUUCUCUCUCUCUCACCUAAUCCAAUUUCAAUUUCAAUUUCUCUCUCUCUCUCUCAAGUUGUCAGAAACAGAGCAAAAAAACAAGUCGACAGAAACCUCGAGGAAUAAAGAAUCGAGCUAUCGGUAGGUAAGCGAAGCAAAAAAGAGCAUGAGAAAAAAAAAAUAAUAAAUUAAGAACAAGUAGAGGAAUUGAGAAGAAAAAGAAUCAAAGAAAAGAAAAAAUCAGAAAAUAUGGUGGUGGAGAACUUGCUCUGCGAUGAACUCCUUCAAGAAAUCUUUCUGAAACUACCACCGUCUUCGUCUUUUUCGGUUUCUUUGGUCUCCAAGCGUUGGCUCCACCUCUACCGUACAUCCAAGACUUCUCUUUCUCUCCGUCUUACCCCUCACAAUUCCACAAUUCCUUCUCUGUCCUCCCUUCUCUCUCACUACCCUUUCCUCUCCUCCCUCUCUCUCCUCCUCCCUCCUGACCCCACCGCCGCCACCACAACCGAAGCUUUCUCCGAUCAACUCCUUCUCUUAGUUUCCUCCUCCUGUUCCAAGCUUCACAGCCUCAGGUUCUUGGCUGGUCCUGUCUCUCUUUCCUCUCUGAAUUCUCUCUCUGCGUCAUGUACACACCUCACCUCUCUCGGUAUCAACCUCUUCAGGCCUCUUUUUCUCACCUGGGUUGUGAAUUUUCCUUCCUUGAAAGAAUUAUCAAUCUGGGUAUGCAACGAGGAAUGUCUUCUUGACCAGGCAAACGAGGUCAACAUGGGAUAUGGGUUGUAUUCAAGAGAGGAUUUUGAUGCCGAAUUGGGUUUGGAGAGUCUCUCUUUAUCAGGAAUUCGAGCCGAUGAUUGGGGUACUGGUUGGUUAUGGAGGAGCUGCAAGAAGCUGAAGAAAUUGCAACUGCGGAGCUGCGAAGGCAUCGGCGAUGGAGGGUCUUUUUCGUCAUUUCUCAGGUGCUUGCAGGGAAUUCAAGAAGUUGAGCUCAGAACCUGUAGGAGCAUAGUUGAUGGGGUUUUGCUCAAAUUGGCUGAGAAUUGCGAUUCUCUCAUUUCUCUGCUUGUUUAUGACGGAGGCAGUAGAGAAGGUUUGCUUAGGUUCUUCAGCCAAUGCCGCUGUAAAUUACAAAAACUCGAUCUUCGAUUGCCUCUCGACCUCAACAAUGACCACCUCUUGGCUGUUGCUGUGAAUUUCAGAAGCCUUUCAAGUCUCCGACUUCAGAGUUGUUGCCUUGUCAGUGGUGAAGGCCUAAAGGCUUUAGGAAUCGCCAUGAGUUCUGGCCUUGAAGAAUUGGCACUGAUAAACUGCGAUGUGGUUGAAAGAGAACCUGGGUUGUUGGCCACGUUAGGACAGAAUUUGAGGCAGUUGAGGAAACUGGAUUUGUCUUACAAUGAAAUGUUGCUGGAUAAGGAAUUCAUUUCCAUGCUGGUUUCUUGUAAUUCUUUGGUGGAUUUGAGGCUGAGAGGUUGUAAAGGACUAACGAAUGCAGCUAUGGUUACCAUGUCUAAGAGCUGCAAGCGUUUGGAAAAUGUUGAUAUUAUGUAUUGUGGUGGAAUUCAAGCUGAGGCAAUUGAAUUGUUUGUGAUGAAUUCUCCCCAGCUGAGAAAAGUGCAGGUUGAGGAAAGCAAGCUGUCCGAUGUUGUAAAAGCCCGGGCAUCACAUAAAUUCAUCCAAAUUAUUUAGCUCGAAAAGAAAAAAGUGGAUAAUUUAAUACUUUAAUAAAAAGUUUCAAAUGAAACAGGUACAUAAUUUCACCAAUUAAUUUUUUUUUUUUUUCUGUUUUAUGAUUGUAAAUGCUUCUGUUUAAUGUUAUGGACCAACAAAGAUUGGGUCUUUUGCUCCAUGUAAUUUAUGUGUAUUAAAGUGCUUGUUUUCUUGAAUAAAAAUGAAUACCACCGGUUAAGUUA